AUGCGCGUCUCGUCAGGUGAUGCUGAGCUGUCUCCGGCGGAGCUUGCUUUGGGUCUCAACCGCCUUAUUGGAAGCCGCUGCCGUCUCGCCCCUUCCCACCCACCCACCCCCGCCGCCCUUUGUGUGAAGGAGCAUCUCGGAACAAAGUCGGCGGCGGCGGCAAUUUGAGCGGAGAAAAGCCCUGGUGACAGGAUUCUAAUCAUGUCUGAUAAAAGUGAGCUGAAGGCUGAGUUGGAGCGUAAAAAACAACGCUUGGCCCAAAUCAGAGAGGAGAAGAAGAGAAAAGAGGAAGAGCGAAAGAAAAAGGAAACUGAUCAGAAGAAAGAAGCUCUUCCUGUACAAGAUGAGUCUGACCUUGAAAAGAAGAGACGGGAAGCUGAAGCCUUGCUUCAGAGCAUGGGUUUAACGCCAGAUGCUCCUAUGGUCCCUCCUCCUAUGUCUCCAUCUUCGAAAUCUGUGAGCACACCAAGUGAGGCUGGAAGCCAAGAUUCUGGUGAUGGUGCUGUUGGUUCUAGGACGCUGCAUUGGGAUACUGAUCCAUCAGUUCUACAGCUUCACUCUGAUUCCGAUCUGGGACGUGGACCUAUUAAACUUGCAAUGUCCAAAAUUACACAAGUUGACUUUCCUCCUCGAGAAAUGGUCACAUACACAAAGGAGACCCAAACACCAGUUAUGACUCAGCCAAAAGAAGAUGAAGAAGAUGAAGAUGAUGCAGUGGUACAAAAACCACCAGUUGAGCCUGAAGAAGAAAAAACAUUGAAAAAAGAGGAGGAGGAGGAAGUUGCCGCUCAUGAACUGACAGAAGAGGAAAAGCAACAAAUUUUGCAUUCUGAAGAAUUUUUGAGCUUCUUCGACCAAUCGACAAGAAUUGUGGAAAGAGCUCUUUCUGAGCAAAUUAACAUUUUCUUUGACUACAGUGGGCGAGACCUGGAAGAGAAAGAAGGAGAAAUUCAGGCAGGUGCUAAGCUGUCCCUAAACAGACAGUUUUUUGAUGAGCGUUGGUCAAAGCACCGUGUUGUUAGUUGUUUGGACUGGUCAUCUCAGUAUCCAGAGUUGCUGGUAGCCUCUUACAACAACAAUGAAGAUGCCCCUCAUGAACCUGAUGGGGUGGCCCUUGUGUGGAACAUGAAAUACAAAAAAACAACUCCAGAGUAUGUCUUUCAUUGCCAGUCAGCUGUGAUGUCGGCUACAUUUGCAAAAUUUCAUCCAAAUUUGGUGGUUGGUGGCACAUACUCAGGACAAAUUGUGCUAUGGGAUAAUCGCAGCAAUAAGCGAACACCAGUUCAGAGAACUCCCCUUUCAGCUGCUGCUCACACGCAUCCUGUGUAUUGUGUGAAUGUGGUGGGGACUCAGAAUGCCCAUAACCUUAUCAGCAUCUCGACCGAUGGAAAAAUCUGCUCGUGGAGUCUGGAUAUGCUUUCACAACCACAGGAUAGCAUGGAGCUAGUUCAUAAGCAAUCCAAGGCUGUAGCUGUCACUUGUAUGUCUUUCCCUGUUGGUGAUGUCAACAACUUUGUCGUUGGAAGUGAGGAAGGCUCUGUGUACACAGCAUGUCGCCAUGGCAGCAAAGCUGGAAUCAGCGAGAUGUUUGAAGGUCACCAAGGACCUAUCACAGGGAUCAAUUGCCAUGCAGCGGUUGGACCUCUAGACUUUUCUCAUCUUUUUGUCACUUCUUCUUUUGACUGGACUGUAAAGCUUUGGACCACUAAGAACAACAAGCCUCUGUACUCAUUUGAAGACAACUCAGACUAUGUUUACGAUGUGAUGUGGUCACCCACCCACCCUGCCCUCUUUGCAUGUGUGGAUGGAAUGGGAAGGCUUGACCUAUGGAAUCUCAACAAUGAUACUGAGGUGCCAACAGCAAGCAUUACUGUGGAAGGUAAUCCUGCCCUAAACCGUGUGCGAUGGACAAAUUCAGGACGUGAGAUUGCUGUUGGAGAUUCAGAAGGACAAAUAAUAAUUUACGAUGUGGGAGAGCAAAUUGCGGUUCCCCGAAAUGAUGAAUGGACACGUUUUGGUCGAACUUUAGCAGAAAUUAAUGCCAACAGAGCUGAUGCGGAAGAAGAGGCAGCAACCCGAAUUCCUUCCUAGGUUGUUGAAGUGGGGGGUCUUGCUGUGAAUUUGGGGAUUGGUUAUAGAGGGCUUCAGAAUAGUAGCAUGUGUUAAGUAUGCGACUGAACUUGAAAUUUAAAAUGUGGAGUAAACUGUGGAGUCGACAAGUAUAUAAAGAUCAGUGAAAUUGAUCUUGAAAAGUUGCUUUUUAAUCCCUGAAUCACCGCCCUUAAUCUGAUAGAUAUAAUUUAUUAUUUACCCUGACUUGGCAAGGUGUAUGUUCUACUGAAACACUAACCACGUUGAAUAUUUAAAGUUCAACUUUCAAUGGCAUAUAACUAUUUCAGAGCAAUUUAAGUUCUGUAAGUUUCUGAACAAGAGCUUUCCCCAAUCAAACUGACAGGCUAUGCUGUGGACAUCAAUCUCUGGGGCAGUGGGAAAGUGUUAUGGCUAUAGUUUUGUAAUGUCUUAGAUUUGUGCAUGCAUCUGUACACAGUAACCUUUAUCCUAAUUAUUAUAUAAUAGGCUCCAGGCUACAGUGGUAGGUCAUGUAUAUGACUAAAAAAAAAUUGUAAACCCUUUUUUGUAAUGGAAACUUUCUAAAAUACCUGCUAAGUACUUUGGAUUUUUUUGUUUGCUACAUUUCUGCAGUAGGGUAAGAAUUCUUUAUAAAUAAACAUUACAUGGCCUCUUUUCUCACAA